UGCACCAAUUAUUGACUUUUUUUUAUCUGUGUAAAGACUGUAUGGUUCCCGUUGUUACACGUCAAACGUCAAUGAUGAAUCCAUCAGAAGCUUUUAAGUUUGUGCUCUGUUAUACUUUCAUCAUUGAUGUUCGAGAACCAAUACUGGUAAACUCAAAUGACAGACAGAGUCUCAGAUUCCUCGACCACGCACCAUCUUAUGCUCAUUUCUCCGCAUGCCCAAUCAAAACACUUUGAAUGAUUUAAGUCGGAUUCUGUCGGAAAAUAGAACGAUUGCCAAGUCCGAUUGUUGUUAACUCCCCGAGAAAGGUGGAUUUGGCCCGCUAACAAGCAGGAUAUCUCCUGGUAAUUCUUGAAAGUGGGGUCAAUCAACCAACGGCUCCCUCUUUCUCGGACAUUCGAUUGAUAAUCUGGGGAAGAAAUAGCAUAAAUGAUCCACCGAUAAUUUGAACUGCGCAAAAGAUGAAAGCAUAAUGUACAUGGCAGCGUUUUUCUUGCAUACCAGCUCACCCAUAACUUAUAAGUAGCAAGAUAUUUCUCAACUCAAAAGAUUUUCUAGACAUUAUUCCGCCUGUCUUAAAUAGCCACUAUGGAUUCUGCUAAGUUCUCUCAAUUCAACGUUUCGGUCAAAACAUACAAGACAGUCCGAGACCAUGAAAUCCAAGCCUACAUUCUCGUACCCAAAAACAUAUCUCCUGGGCCCCAUCCUGUGAUCGUGAAAAUUCACGGUGGCGGUUCGGUAGCCGGAUCAGGAGUCUUCGCUCCUUGGUUUCCUCAGUACCUCCUAGCCCUCGCGCUUCGAGAAUCUGCCAUCAUUAUCGCGCCAAACUAUCGACUCCUCCCAGAAUCAACUGCUCCAGAAAUGAUCUCCGAUAUCUCCGAUUUCUGGACCUGGAUGCGUACAUCCUCAUUCCAAUCUUCUCUUCCCCCCAAUAUCACAGCCAACCUCUCUCACACUCUCUUGUAUGGCAAUAGUGCAGGUGGGCAUCUCGCCAUGCUAUCUUCACUAACCGAACCGGAAAAUACCAUAAAAGUAUGCAUAGCCGCAUAUCCGCAACUAGAUAUCGAAGAUGAGUGGUUCUGUGAAAAAUUUGAAAAACAUCCUUUUGGUGUACCCAUACUUCCUACAGAGAUCUUGGAUAAUCAUUUAGAAAAGAUGGAGAAGGAUCCAAGUAAACGAGAACUUGUUUCCGAUACAAAAGAUCCAUGGGAGAGAUUGCAACUUAUUCUUGUGGUGAUGCAGCAAGGAAGAUAUAAAGAAAUAUUUGGGCAAGAGGAACAUGUUUAUCCUUUCCGAGUUCUCGAAAAGAUAUCUAGAGAUGAGGUGAAGAGAAAGAUGCCUUUCCUUUGGCUAUAUCACGGAGAGAAGGAUGACGUUUUACCUGUUGCCGGCACCACGAAGUUUGCUGAAAAAUGGCGGGAGGCGUUUGGAGGGGAAGAGUUGAUGGUACAUAUUGAAGAGGGCGCAGAACAUGGGUUUGAUACUGAGACAGAUCUUGAUGCGGGGUGGAUGAAGGAGAGAUUGGAGAAGGUCGUGGGGGUUUGGUUGAAGUAGAGGUGAUUGAGUGGAAUACAUAUUUUUAUCAAAUCAGACAUUAUGA